UCUGAUUAAAAGGCUGCUGGUUCAUUAUAGAGUAUCAUAGAGAUGCUAUAAGAAAUAAUGUGAAAUUAAUACCAUAGAUUAGACUGGGUGAAAUCAGAUAAUCAGACCGCUACAUGAUGAUAAUAUCCUUAUCAUCAACAAAUAGCUAACAUUACCUGAUCACAUUUUCUUUUGCUGUCCUUGCCUUAAUAAACAGUUACAGCAGCCAAAGAAAAACAAACAUUAAAAAGUUAAGAGUCAAACUGCCCAACUAAAGCAAACACUGAUCACCAUAAUGGUGAUAUCAAACCAAACAUCUAAACCAAGAUUGCAUAUGUUAAAGGAAAGGGGGGGAGACAGCAUAGUGAAGACUAAAAGAGAGCACAGAGAUAGUCUCAGAGGCCUAUCCUGAAGCAGGUGGUGGUUAAGGAUAAUCCAGGUAAGUCUUUAAUGCUGGAGAUGUGCUGGAAGAGACGAGUGGAGGGGAGGCGAGCGGAGAGAUUGCUAAUUGUGUCCUACUAAUCCAACUCCUCCCCCAUCUUCACCCACCUCCACAUCCUCCCCUGUGUCACAUAUGAGGAAGGCCAGGCACGUAUAGAGAAGCAAAGGUACUGCACCCUGCGAAGUGAAGAACACAUAUUCUGAGGGAAGAGCACCCAAGAAACAGUGGACCAAUAAGAAAGCCUUACCUGGAUAUAUCCCACAUAGAAUGUAGCUGCGCCUUUCCAUCUCUUUCUACAUCCUCUUCCUACCACGAAAUUCACGGCACUAUGGGUGAAGUCCAAAAGGGUUUGUUUUCAGUCAUUGAGAAGUUAAAGGGCACUACAGAGCAAGAGCUUCGGAUAGUCCUUCUCGGUCUGGAUAAUGCCGGAAAAACCACUUUGUUAAAACAACUUGCCUCCGAAGAUGUGAACACCAUCACCCCGACUCAGGGUUUCAACAUUAAAAGUGUGACCUGUGAUAGCAUGAAGCUGAAUGUGUGGGACAUUGGAGGACAGAGGAAGAUUCGACCAUUCUGGAAAAAGUACCUGGAGAACACAGAUUUAUUGAUCUAUGUGAUUGACAGUGCAGACAAAAAGAGAUUUGAGGAAACAGGACUGGAGUUGUCGGAGCUCAUCGAUGAGGAGAACCUGAAGGGUGUGCCAUUGCUCAUCUUUGCCAAUAAACAAGACCUGGCCACGGCCUCCCCUGCCAGUGAGAUCGCGGAGGGCCUCAACCUGCACACGUACCGGGACAGAGAGUGGCAGAUCCAGGCCUGUUCUGCCGUAUCUGGAGAAGGUGUACAGGAUGGCAUGAACUGGAUCAGCAACAAUAUUGUAAAUAAGAAGAAAUGAAUCUGCUCACCUCCGAGUGUUAUUUUUUACAAUUGCUCUAAUACUUCUGUUAAUGUAAACCAUAUAUAAUAUAUUAACUUUGGAAAACUCUUUUUGUAAUAAUAUUAAUGAUCUUUCUUCCUGUUUGUAAAUUGGCUGCCAAAAGAGACUGACAAGAAAACAGCAAACCAAAUCAUUUUUCCCAUCUCUUACAGAGAGUUUUUGUUGCUCUCUGACAAGACAAGUUUCCUUACAAUCUGUAAAUCUUUCUGUCGCUGUCGCAUUUAUGGGAGAUAUGACACAAGGGCAUAAAUGAUGCACACAAGCAAGAUUUGCAGCCUAAAAUAAGGAUGAGGCAUUCAUGUAUCUUUCACAUAUAUAUUCUUCUUCUGCUGUUUUUAUAGUUGUCACACAGAAGAAUUAUCUGUAACAGAGCAAAACUCUUGUACUUUGUGUAAGGUGAUAUGUGAAACCCAUUUUUUUUGUUUUUUUUGUUUUUUUGUUUCGUUUUUUUGUCUCAGUAUGACUGGAUUUGGUAGUUUCUAAAUGAUUAUCCAGUGUGGGUAUCAUGUGAUUAUGUGAAAUGAAACUGUGACAUUACAUUUUUUUCUAGUUGUUUAAGAUUAUGACUUUAAUUCUAAUUCAAACAAGAUCCUGGACUAGUCAUGUUCAUUUUUUCCAUGUUUCCAAACUUUUUUGGAAGAUCUAAAAUUGAUAUUCAAGCAAUAACACACAAGCAAGAGUGCUGUUCUGAAUGACAUGUAAAUACAGCCAUUGUGAUGUUGGAAUCAACAAUAAGAUUGUGAGUGUAAUAAUUGCUUUUAUACAACACUUUAAUAAACAGGAAGUUAAUAUUGAGUCAUUUACAUUUUAGACAAAAUAUUGCUAGUUGCUUUGUUUUUGCUCCUUCAAUGAAAUUCAUUUAGUUCAUUAUAUAGAGUUUAACUUUCUGUGAUAUUGGAUCUCAUUCACUAAUUGUGUGGAUCAUUCUUAUUUAUUCGCACAGGAGAACUUCUCACAAAACAUUUCCGCCUAAUUCACAACAUGUGCAUACACUCAUGAAUUUGUUCUUGACCUUGCUGUAAUGUUAAUGAAUUUGGAGUAUUCUAAACGAGCGACCACAUGCCCGAAGUUACUAAUUUGAAUAAAGCAUGUUUGCAUAAACCAUUUCCAUAAGGGGUUUCCCGCACAGCCUUCCGUUACUCUCUAAGCAAACAUACAACGCUCUCUAAAGGAGACAAACCUUGCUCGCUCAAAGACUAUAUAUAGAAAAACGGUUCCAUCUAGUUAUGAAUGGGAGAAACUGCAACAGGCAAUAUGGU